GCGGCGCCGCCCCGCCCCGAGUCCGCGGUACCGCCCGCUCGCGCAGACCCCGAGCGUGGCCGCAGCGAAGAUGGCGACUGCCAUGUACUUGGAGCACUAUCUGGACAGCAUUGAGAACCUUCCCUGUGAGCUUCAGAGGAACUUCCAGCUGAUGCGAGAGCUAGACCAGAGAACAGAAGAUAAGAAAGCAGAGAUUGACAUCCUGGCUGCAGAGUACAUUUCCACAGUGAAGACUCUUUCAUCAGCCCAGCGGGUAGAGCACCUCCAGAAGAUCCAGAGCGCCUACAGCAAGUGCAAGGAGUACAGUGACGACAAGGUGCAGCUGGCCAUGCAGACCUACGAGAUGGUGGAUAAACACAUCCGAAGGCUUGAUGCUGACCUGGCGCGCUUUGAGGCUGACCUGAAGGACAGGAUGGAUGGAAGUGACUUUGAAAGCACUGGACCCCGGAGCUUGAAAAAAGGUCGGAGUCAGAAAGAGAAGAGAAGCUCCCGGGGCCGAGGCAGGCGGACGUCAGAAGAGGACACCCCGAAGAAAAAGAAGCAUAAAAGCGGGUCUGAGUUUACUGACAGCAUCCUCUCUGUGCACCCCUCUGAUGUGCUGGACAUGCCUGUGGACCCGAAUGAGCCUACAUACUGCUUGUGCCACCAGGUGUCCUACGGGGAGAUGAUCGGCUGUGACAAUCCGGAUUGUCCCAUUGAGUGGUUUCAUUUUGCCUGCGUGGACCUCACCACAAAGCCCAAAGGAAAGUGGUUCUGUCCACGAUGUGUUCAGGAAAAGAGGAAGAAGAAAUAAAGAAGAGGCUGUCGUGCCAGACUGAAGAGCAAGCUAAUAUAUUUCUUCACUCAUAUUGCAA